AUAAAAUCUACUCACUGCGCACUUCAUAAUUCUCUAUAAGAUUUGUUGUAUGAAACCUCAGUGAAUUACAGAAUUUCGCGAAAAAUUAACAAUGCCUUAUAUAAACGUUUUACGCUUGACCGAACAUCCUGUUACGUUACUCAUUACAUCAUUUUACUAAUUAGUCAGUUAAAUAGAAAUCUGAUAUAAUACUAGACUAUUUUUAAUGUUUGGGAGAGUUUUUUAAUUGGCCCCAGUAACGGAAAAUUCAUUAUGUUCUGUGCAUUUGGUAGAGACAGUUCUAGAUAUUUUUAUAGAAUGAUUAUAGUAGCUGUUGUCUGUUCUAUCGAUUUAAGAACAUUAUCAUCCAGAAGCAAAACGACGUGCCAAACAGGGCCCAGCCCAGGCAGAACUUCCACAUUCCGGUCGGGUGCUGAAAUUCAGCGAACGUCUGGCAGAAGGAAGCCCGAACCGAGCGGUCGUCGUAUCUACAAAGGAGAGCGGACCAAGAUCAAAUACUUCCCUUUCAUGGCCAGUGUUCAUAUCUUCAACAGUUUCCACUGUGCUGGAUCUAUCAUCAAGUCAGACCUCAUCAUCACGGCUUCUUCGUGUUUGCAACUGGCAUACAACAAUCGCCUAUUUCGUGAAAAUCCAGCUUUUCUCUCUGUCAGAGUUGGCAGUUCAUUCUACAGUGGUGGUGGUGAGGUUAUAUCCGUUUUGGAAGUAUAUUUCCAUCCCGGAUACGAUCCGAAGACUUUAAGGAACAAUCUCUGCAUCUUACGCCUUUCUAGACACUUAAAAUUCAGUAGAAAGGUCAAGAGGGUCAAGAGAAUCGAUUUUGAUAGAAACCCUUGGAAUUUACCGUUGACUACUCCUGGCGUUACGAUCUUAGGGUGGGGAGCGAAGGGUAGAAGUGGUAUUAUUUUUGAUCCCUGGAAGAAUAUUUUGUCAUUUGCAAUGCUCGAUAUCUAUCCCAGACAGGAUUGCCAAGAUGUUUAUACAAAGGAAUUUGUCACGAAUAAACAUUUUUGUGCGGGUUUCUUAUCAAAGGGUGGAGGUGCCUGCAACCGGGAUGUAGGAGGUCCAGGCGUGGUUGAUGGCAAGCUGAUGGGUGUAGUCAGUUUUGGAUCACCCACUUGUGGAACUCCAGAUGCUCCAACUGUUUUUACUAAGCUCGGCUACUAUACUGACUGGAUAGAGGAUAUUAUGGAGAAGCCAGUUCCUUCGUCGCUGAAACGAACAACACCAGAGUCUGAUUUCGAUUUAUUGAAAGCAAUGAUCCCUACUAAACCUCCGAAACCAACUACCUUCAAGAUAGAACCCUUCACUGGCAAAACUAUGAAGCCAAUGUCAAUAUUUGAAAUAGAUAAAGCAUUGAGAAUGCUGGAUGAUGAUCUUUUUAGGGAAUUUUUAUCAACUAUGUUCGACAGCAAAGAAAUUAGAGAGUAUCAAAAUAAUUUAAGGGAAGAAAAGAAAGAAACUACUACUGAAAAACAAGUAGAAAUUGAAAAACAGAAUGAAAUUAAAAAAGAAACGAGUGAAGAAAGCAUUGAAGCGGUUGAAUUUGUCACUAAAAUGCCUGAACUAGAAGAUAAUGAAUUCACCACAAUGGCUAUGGAUAGUGAAAAUUCUGAGUCAAAAGAACCGGUAGAGAGCGAUAUUGUGAAAUUUAUGAAAAAUGUAGAUUUGAAAAAGAUUAUUCAAGAAGAAGUUAACGUAACUCCACGUGUCACGAUAGAAAGAGAUACUAAAGAAAAGAACGAAUCAGUAGUAACAUUUUUAUAUUUAUCAGAUGAUGAGAAAAAUCGUAACACUGAUAUUGUUGAUGAUGAAGAAGGUCUAAGUAUACCAGAUGUAGACGAUAAAUUUGAGGAUAUGACAAGAGCAAAGGGUAAAGAGACACAAUACAGAAUAUUGCCUGAAAACGAAUUGUACGGAUUGUUAUCUGAUGUAAUAGAAACUGAAGUAAAAAAUAAAAUGAUGAAAGGUGUAAAUUAA